GUUACCAGUCUUUACAUUUGUUUUGAUUAUGGGCGAAGGCUGGUAUGCAUACCCAUCCAGGGGCUGAAACUGCAAAAACGAAGGCGAAACUGAAGAUGAAAGGACUUGGAAAUAAAGCAGGGAAGGUAAUGACACCCUACCCUAACUCUCCAUUGAAACUGCGGCACAUUGCAAAAGUUCUUAACAGCAGUAAGCUAGCCAGCUGGGCCUUCGUCUUGUCGCUUCUGCUGCAGCUUGUCUCGGGCGAAACGGAGGCGAUCGUCCGGGUGCAGCCGGGCGGAAUUGAGGUGCAUGGGGAGUAUUCUCGCAGUGGACCUAGCGGAUUGAAUGCAUCAGGGUUGAUACAGACAAUAACAGCUACAUGCAGUGAAGACAAUGAUAGUGAACCCAAUGAGUUUGAUAAGAGAAAGGUGAAUAAGGAUGAGAAGAUAUCUGAAGAUGAGGAAUGGAUUGGUAUCUUUUACCUUCCUCCGCUGGAAGAAUCUGCUGGAGCACAGAGUGGAACAGGGUGCUCUUUACUGGAACAAGUGAAGCAAGCAAUGCUUUUUGGUGCUUCAGCCCUUCUAGUCUUGGCUCUUAACCCUGGACUAUUUAAAGAGAUUGAGCUCCACUUUACUUCAGACAGACCGAUCAUCAUAAUCACUGAUCCUAAAGAUAUCAAGAAAUUUAGAUCUACUGUGGAUUUGAGGAAAAAUAAACAUAGUGCAAAUAUAACUGCUAAACCAGACCCUACAGCCAAGAUGAAAUCAAUGUUGGCCCCCAAGUUGACCCUAUGGUCUACAUGUGGACGGUCUAGCGGGGGUAGUAAGUUCCGAGAGUGGGAAGGAACGGUUUGCUUGUCACACCACAAGUCAUCAUCAGAGCACGAGUAUAAUUGGAUUUGGCGUACUUUGGUGUCUCUGAUAAUCACUUUCUACAUAGUAAGCAUGAUAAGAGGGAUGGCUCGACACCCACAACAAAACAACAUUGAAGACCUGGAGGAAACUCUGCAGAGGUUAGCCAAGCAAUCCUUAUCUAAGAUGUCAGUUUGGAAGUAUAAAAGAAAGAGGUAUCAACUCUCAGCGGAUUCCAGUGAAAGUUGUGCAGUAUGCCUUGAAGAGUUCUUCAAAGGACAAACUAUUCGAAUGCUGCCUUGCCAUCACACGUUUCAUAAUAGAUGUGUUGAUAGUUGGCUUAUACGCAAGCGAACCUGUCCACUCUGCAAGAUGGACAUUAUAGAUGAAAGAUUUGGUCUUGGCAAAAGAUAGUAAUACUGUACAGAACCAGAGCAGAAAGUAAACAUAUUUAUUCAUAUAUAUCUAAUAUAUAACCUAGCUUGAUAGUUCAAUGUACAUGUUAUGGUGACCUCAUUGUGGUGCGAAGAUCGUGUAUGUUCCUACAGUGAUAGAAAUGUUUUGUCUGUGUGUGUUUAUUUAUUGCUCUAAGCAUUUAAUCGAAAGUCAGUUGAGUGGGGAAUAUAUUACUGUCUUCAUAACAUUGUCAUGUUUUCCUGAUUACCCAUGUUUACUUCACUAUGUUUAACCUUGUGGGUUUAGAGCUAAAUAAAGAUUAGUCUUGUGUUAUUCCAGUUUAUUUAACCUGAAUAUAUGGGAUAGGACACAUUGUUCAUAUGAAUUGUUUUAUGUUGAUCAGAUUCUAUGUUUUCUUCACUUUUCAACAUCUGAAUUUGUAAUACUGUAUGUAUCUGAGUUUUAUAUGAAGGUGGUUGGAGGAAGAAAAUCAUUUUGUUAUGAUAUUUCAAUCGUUCUCAUAAAACGUGAAUGAAUGCAAUUUAAUCCGAUAUUAAACCUUUUCAUUUGUUUAUUUUACGAUAUCAUUAAUUCAAAGUAUGCAAUUAUGGGGGGGGGGGGUCAUUAUGUAAUGAAUUUAAUAUUUAGAAUAUAUGUAUGUGGAAUAUGGACAGACAUUACAUAUGAUAACUCCUGAUAAAAUGUGACCUUUCAUGUCUUGAACAAUUACAUGUAGUUAAUACAUGUAAUUGAGAUUCCAGUAAAAGUUUGCUACAAUUAAAGCAGAAAACGUACUACGCAAUUUUGCUCUCGUGAUCAAUUCACUGUUAACCAAUUUUAUAUAAGAAAAUGAUCAGCCCACUUCAUUGGUAAAUUGUCAUAUUGUCUACUUUCUAGUUAGUCUGGUUUCACAUGGUCUGAUCCCAGUUUGUCUCCAACCAUGUCGUCUAGUUGACUAUUUGGUUUCGAUUGCCAUUUAACCAAUUUACCAUUCAGUCUUAUUACCAGUUAAACAAUGCCCAUUAUUUCAUCUGAUAUACACUUGAUCUAUCACCACUUAGUGUAUAUGAUUACAUGAACAAUUAAUGAGCGAAGUUUCAAUUGACACUGUGAAUGAAACUAUACAAAGAAAUAUUAGAAAAAUUCUAGGCAUUUAAAGUAAAUGACCGAUAGACUAAGUGAGUUAUACUAUUAGACCAACUGAUUGUAGAUUUUAAGUAAAUGUAAACCGCUUCAAUAUGAUCAUAUUGACAGGAAAAGCAAUCAUAUUCAUAGCCCUACAUGCCAGAAUCCUUGAAUUAAAUCAAAAGGAGCUCAUAUAAAUUGGGUUACGAAAUUCAGUACGGCUGUAAAAUGCUUUUCUCAUUCGUAUAUUUUAUUUUUUGAUCUCUAAUAUGCUGCUCAAUUUUCAGGUAAUUCUAUUGGAUGCUACAAUGUCAUGAGUGUAAGUUGAAAAUGAAUAGAAUGAUUGAGCUCAGGUUGUGCAAAAGAUUCUCCUGGCAUUAAAUUGUAGGAUGGUAUGGUACAAAACCCCUAUUAGUUUCUUUGAAUGGUUUGAAUGACUUUUUAGAGAUUUUGAAAAAUCUAACUUUUUGGGCCCUACAUGCUGUCAGUGUAUGCAAUGUUUCAAAAGGAAAUCUUUCAAAUUUUAUUUGAUAUGCAUUGGUUACAUGCUUU